AUGCCGGAGAACUCCUUGCCUUCUCCGCAGAUGCAUCCAGCUAAGCGGUUGCGGCAGUCCUCGCCCGAGCGGCGGUCUGACAAGGACUCUCCCCCCUCCCUCAACGUCGCAACUUCCGGGCCGUCCCCCGCCACCAGCGAGCAGCACGGCGAUGGAGCGCCGCUGAGCGCGGGCCUCGCCGGCAGCACGAAGCAGGACGGCGGUAGUGCCAAGGUCGGCCAGAGCAGCAACUUCCGCAACGUCAGUGCCUGCAACCGCUGCCGCCUCCGCAAGAACAGGUGCGACCAGAAGCUACCGAGCUGUGCGAGUUGCGAGAAGGCCAAUGUUGCCUGUGUUGGGUACGACCCCAUAACCAAGAAGGAAAUCCCCCGCAGUUAUGUCUUCUAUCUCGAGACGAGGGUCGACCAGCUCGAGGCGCUCUUGCGCACGAAUAACAUCUCGUUCCCUCCAGCCAACGACCUGGAGCAUUGCUCGCGUAUGGGCGUCGAAUCCGCGUCCGUAAGGUCUCCAACCGAAGCCGCGGGACCCGCACCUUCAGAUACCAUGGACAGCAUCACCGCGGUGGGCAGCACUGGUGACAGAAGUGACGAGGCCAGACUGCAAAGGCUGGUAUCAAAGUCAGACAUCACACACGGCAAAGAAGGCACAGCCAACCCGCGGUACCUUGGGUCAACAUCUGGUGUCUCUUUUGCCCGGGUUGUCUUUGCCGCCGUCCAGUCGUCCGUCAAUGAAAACAAGUCUACUUCUGACAAGGCCGGAGUGCGCCCUUACAAGCCCGUGGCUGGUAACUCAAAUUCUGGUAUUGGUACUACGAUGCGAGAUUCUUUUUUCGGCCUGCACACGAAACCUACCAUUCAUCCUGCACCCUUCCCGGACAAGGAGGUCGGUAUGGCAUUGAUCAAUCUGUACUUCGAACACGCGAAUCCCCAGAUACCCAUCCUGCACAAGGUCGAAUUUAUGAAGAUGUUCGAGCAGGCAUACGAUGAUGAAAACCCCCAGCGGGGACCCAAAGAGUUAUACAUGUUGAACAUGGUCUUCGCAAUCGGCGGAGGCAUCAUAAUGGGAGCCAUGGCCAAGACGGAGACACAGAACAGCCAGGCAAAACCAGGCGAGGGCAAAAUGUCCUCGAGACAAGCGCAACCCGAGGAAUACCACGCGAGCGCUAUCGUCCACCUCGAAGCCUGUCUUAACAAUAGCGGAGGCGGAUUAGAGGAAUUGCAAGCGGUAUUGCUGCUGGCAAAUUUCGCGUUGCUCAGACCUGUUCCACCGGGCCUGUGGUACAUAGUCGGCGUCGCUGUCAGACUUGCGGUCGAUCUUGGGCUGCAUUACGAGGACGGCAAAGAUGUCGACGCCGGCCUGAAGGAGGUCUCCGGGCCACAGCACGAGAUGCAACAGCGUGAGCGUGGAAGAAGAGAGUUCAUCCGGGAUGUCAGAAGACGACUCUGGUGGGCUACUUAUUCUUUCGACCGCCUAGUGAGCAUUUGCGUGGGAAGACCGUUCGGCAUUUCAGAUCAAGUCAUCACGACUGAGUUCCCGUCCAUCCUAGAAGAUGUAUAUGUCACACCCGAGGGAUUCAAAGAGCCACCUCCCGACCUCGCCUCUCAGCCCACAUACAAACUUGUCGCCCACCACUACUUCCGCCUUCGCCUGUUGCAGUCAGAAAUCCUUCAGGUAUUACAAUAUCAACAGGCUCAAGCUGCAAGGGCUUCGGGACAAAACGUCAAGAACCCUUACAUGCACACAAGCCUCCCUUCCCCAUUCCUCUCAAAGUAUGAAUCCUUCCGAGCAUGGCGAAUAGAUAUCGACAAGAGGUUAUACCACUGGAAGGAGUCCGCACCAACCAAGCAGCACACUGGUGUCGGUUUCUCUACAGAAUUUCUCGAUCUCAAUUACUGGCAGGCUGUUGUAAUGCUGUACAGACAGAGUCUCAGUGUGCCUGCAAUGUUCGAGGGCGAGUACAACACGUCCAUGGAAGUCAACAGCCCCAACGUUCACAACGCCGAGCUUAGGGAAGACGAGGACAGAAUAUAUCUGAAGGUUGCAGAGGCUGGACAGAGAAUAAUGCGGCUGUACAGGCAAUUGCACAUUGCCGGUGUUAUUAACUACACUUACCUCGCCACACACCACAUCUUCAUGGCGGGUAUAUCAUAUUUGUACGCGAUAUGGCACUCACCGAUCGUGCGGAGCCGUCUUACGAUGGACGAAGUCGAUUUUACCAUUCUCGCCGCAACAUCUGUCUUUACAGAUCUCAGCGAAAAGUGUCCUCCAGCAGAGGCAUGUCGCGACGCAAUUGACCGCACUGCAAGGGCGACAAUAAGAAUGGCGAAUUCCACCGGUGGGUUCGGCCAGGUUCUCCCACGGAAACGGGCAGGGUCAAGGGGGAGCGUGGACCAUCGUGACUGGGCAGCCAGGAGCGACACGGCUUCCACCAAAGGGCAAAGGCACCCACACCAUCAGGGAGGGGAUGAAAACAGCCUCAUGUCGGCGUCUCAGUACGGCCUGCCGGGCAUCACGGACGCUUACGCCAACGCGUCAUCGAGUUCCCACCUGCCGCCGAUACAGUCAGCGAUACAGCGGAUGAACUCCCUUCCGAAUCUUAAGGCAGAAUCGGACGGUUUCUCCAUGAUGCGGUCCGUCCCUGGCCAACCGCGCAGCAGCGGCACCGCGCCCGAGGUCGGCGGUAGUCCCGACACGUCCGCGAUAGACCCGUCCCUACUGCCGUCCCCGACCGCGGUGCGCACGCCACCCGGAGGGGCCGGCGUGGGAUCGCCCUCGUCCAACGCCACGGGACCCGCAGCCCGCCGCGGCAACAUGGCCCAGCUGCCGACAGCUACCACAGCCGCACAGAUGGCGGCGUACCUCGCGCACUCGCAGGCGCCGCACCAACAGCAACACCAGCAGCAGCAGCAGCAACAACAACAACAGGCGGGGGGCUAUUCGCCGGCCCGGCAGUUGAACUUUGGCGAGCUGCAAGGCAUGGACUUCCUCAACCAGGUCACCGGCACCGCCAACGGGAACCUGCCCGAAGGCGUCGAGGAGCCCUCCAACGGAGACUUUGGCUUCGGCCUGGGCUGGGAGGGCCUGCACCAUGACUUCAGCGACGGGCAGCAGUAUGACCUGUUCGACGGUUUCUUCUUCGGUGGCCAGCAGGGUGGUGCUGGGUCGAACGGGGUGCUAUGA